AUGACGCAUGAAAUUUACAGUAAAUCAUUACAAGAACUCUCGAAGCUCGAAGAAAAGCACGUACUCAAAUCGUUCAAUAGUGAAGUUGCUUGGGAAUUGGGUUCUUUGGGACGCCAAUUGUCUCAAGAGUUGCACUCUAGCAAGGCCAUUGUCAUUGAUAUAACCUUAACUAGUGGACAAACAUUGUUCCAUUCUGCUGUGUCGUCAGGAACGGCUUAUGAUAACGACAACUGGGUCAAAAGAAAAUACAACACCGUAUUCAGAUUUGGAAAAUCGAGUUUUUACAUUGGACAGAAGCUCAGACAGAAAGGUAAAUCAAUAGAAGAGGCCAUGUUUGUAUCCUCAAAAGAAUUUGCAUCGCAUGGAGGAAGUGUACCAUUGCGCGUCGUGUCGAAUGAGUUUAUUGUUGGCGCUUUAACUAUCAGUGGGUUGGCUCAAGAGGAGGACCAUUUGCUUGCUUUGCAAAUAUUGCAAAAGUAUAUAGCUAAAUCUCAAGACUGA